AUCCCAUCCUUCUCAACGGUUUUCAUCUUGUCAUCCUCAUUAUACACACACCCACUUUGAAAUGUGAACAAGAGGUAUUCAACUUUGGCCACUUCUAUUUGUUUGUAACAUCACCUUAGGAGCACUUUCAUCUGACGAGUCACUCUACCUUCUACCAAAACCACCUCCUCACACCACCAUCACCACCACCAAAUCAUCACCACAAUGUCGGUCUUGAUUCCCCGCAAUGUGAUCAAAGCGUCAGAUAUCUGGAAUGAAGCUCAACAAGCUGUAAUGUUAGCAAUUGCUGAUACAUACGUUCCUUCAUUCGAAGGUGAAGAAGCAGCUGCCAUCAUCGCUUCUUUACCUCAAACGGCUUCUGACAGACAACGUGAAUUAGCACCUCAAUUUGCAAGAGACGGUUAUAAGAACAAUCCACAAUUGAUUCACGAUUUAGCCUAUCAAGCAAGAGCUUCACUUUCAACAACAACGCUCAAUCAAAUCAAUCUUGUUCUCACUUUGCUAAGCACUCGUCUAGGUUGCUUGGCAAUGAUGGGUGUCGUUGGUCCAUUCGAUCAACUUGAUCGUCAAACACGUGAAGCAUGUUUGAACAGAUGGGUUCAACUUCCAAUCGGUCUUUUACGCAAAGCUGCUGCCGGUUUCAAAGGUGUUUCUCUUUUGGUUUGGUAUAGAUUUCAUCAACCUGCAUGGGAAGCAACGGGUUAUGCAGACGGACCAGGAGAAGAUUGGAAAGAAGAAGCAAAAGAAGAACCAAACGUAGAACCGUACAAUUACGUUUUUGAAAAUGAAAAGAUUGCCGCUCAUGCUUCUGGACCUGCACAGUAUGACCCAAGAAACCCACCGAAAAAGCCAUCAUCAAACGAUCCACAAGUAACAAUCGGAACGGAAGUUCUCAUUAUCGGAUCAGGUUCAGGUGGUGGUGUUGCUGCACAAUACCUAACAGCUCGUGGUGUUAAGGUCUUGGUCGCUGAUAAGGGAUCUUAUCUACACCCAAAAGAUAUGACCGGUAGAGAAGAUCAAGGAUAUCCAGAAUUAUACGACGGAGGAGGUUUGUUGGCAGCCGAAGAUGGAAGUAUGAAUAUCUUGGCAGGCUCAACUUUCGGGGGAGGCACGGUUGUCAAUUGGUCAGCUUCACUCAAACCACGUCAUUACGUUCGUGAAGCAUGGUCAAACAAACAUGGUUUACCUUACUUCCGUAGCCCUCUUUUCACAAAUGACUUGAACGCUGUCUGCAAACGUAUGGGUGUUGAUACAAGACCGAUCAAGCACAACAUUGCUAAUUCAUUGUUGGCUUUGGGCGCUCAACGUUCCGGUCAACCUGUUGAACCUGUUCCACAAAAUACAGGCGGUCAUGUUCAUUACUGCGGUAAAUGUCAAUUAGGUUGCGUUUCCGGUCAUAAGCAAGGCGGAACAGUUACAUGGCUCAAAGAUGCUGCUGAAUCAGGUAAUGCAUCUUUCUUGCAAAAUUGUUUGGUCGAACGUAUUUUGUUCGAUGAAAACAAAAAAGAACGCAGAGCAAUCGGAGCUCUAGCAAUCGUUGAUGGUAGAAAGGUACGAAUUGACGCAACAAAAGCAGUCAUUGUAGCGGGAGGAUCGAUUCAAACACCUGCCGUUCUGUUACGUUCACCCGAAUUGAAAUACAACAAACAAAUCGGUAAAAGACUUCAUUUGCAUCCAACAACUGUCGUUACUGGUUUCUAUGACUUCCCAAUCAACCCUUGGCACGGUGGAUUACUCACAAUGGUCUCCAAUGGUGCUGAACUAGUCGAUCCAGAAGGUUGGGGAUGCAAGAUUGAAGUGAUUGCCAGCUCACCUUCUGUUCAUGCAGCUUUCAGUCCUUGGAGCAAUGCAGUUGAACAUAAACAAGAUAUGCUAAAGUACAAUCAUGCAUUUGAGUUGAUUGUCAUUUGCCGUGAUAGAGAUGCAGGAGAAGUGGUAAUCGAUGAUCAAGGUGUUGCACGGAUAAAUUACACAAUUUCAAAACAUGAUCAACAAAGUAUGAUUCAAGGUGUUUUACGUGCAUGUGAUAUUCAUAUGAUGGCAGGUGCAUCAAAGAUUGGUACAGUACAAUCAGGUGUCAGUCCAUUCGUGCCAGGAGUUUCACCUUCUGCUGCCGUUUCGAAUAUCGUUAAACAACCUGCCGAAACAGCAGAAGUUCUCAGAUUUGCAGAACGUGAUGUUGAUGGAAAAGUUUUACCCGAAACAACUGCAAUCGCAGCAACUGCAACUCCCGUUGAAGCUGUUCCACGUAAUUUGAGCGAUCCAGCUUACGUUGCUUGGCGUAAAGAAGUUGAAAAUUUUGGCGCUUCACCUUAUCAAAUCAUGAUUGGUUCGGCACAUCAAAUGGGAUCUUGUCGAUUAGGUGCAACACCAAGAACAGGUGCUUUGGAUCCUGAAGGUAGGGUUUGGGGAACAAAGAACCUCUUCGUCGCAGAUGCCUCAUCAUUACCCGAAGCUUCAGGAGUGAACCCUAUGAUCACAACAAUGGCAACUGCCCGUAGCAUUUCACGUAAUGUGGCCACCGAUUUGGGCGUCGAAACACCGGUUCAAGCAUCAAUGGAACUUUCUGCACGACAAGGUCGUCUAUAGAUGCUUUGCUUUCUCUCUCUCUAUUUUGUAUAUACUCUUGCAAUUGAAAAAAUGCUCUUUUACAU